AUGGGAAUCUUAUACAGUGGAUUAAUACCAUGGGAAUCUUAUAGCAGUGGAUUAAUACCAUGGGAAUCUUAUAGCAGUGGAUUAAUACCAUGGGAAUCUUAUAGCAGUGGAUUAAUACCAUGGGAAUCUUAUAGCAGUGGAUUAAUACCAUGGGAAUCUUAUAGCAGUGGAUUAAUACCAUGGGAAUCUUAUAGCAGUGGAUUAAUACCAUGGGAAUCUUAUAGCAGUGGAUUAAUACCAUGGGAAUCUUAUAGCAGUGGAUUAAUACCAUGGGAAUCUUAUAGCAGCGGCGGGUGCGGUCUCGGCGAACUGCGGGUCCGUGUUCGGUACACAGUGCGAACGAGGCUCCUGAAGCUUAUUAUUCUCUCCGCUGACAACCUGCCACUGAGACUCGGGCCGGAACCUCUCGACACUUACACAAAGGCCGUGAUGCUCCCAGAGAAACGAGUGAGAUUCAACACCCGCGCUGUGUCCGCCGUCACCCACGCCUCCUUCAACGCCUCGUUCACCCACGCCGCCCGCCCGUCGCGCCUCGCCCACGCCACCCUCAGGUUCUCCGUCUGCCAGGUGACAGGAUGCGGACGGCGGGUCGUGGUUGGCUACGCGGCUGUGCCCUUGUCCCAAGUAGGGUUCAGGGUAGGCCUAUCCCUCGACCUCGACACCGGGCCUCUCACUCUCCACCUGCAGGAGAGUGCACCGGACCAGCAGGUGGGUCUUGGCGGCCAGUUGCAGGUGGGCCUCAGCUGGGACUCGGAGCACAGUGACCUGACCAUCAGUGUCCUUCACUUAGCUGGCCUUCAGUACGAUAACCAGCGUGAUUCAGUGCAAGUCUACGUCAAAGUUACAGUGUACACUAACAACACCAUCCUUUGCUGGCGUCGAACGAGCCCCCGUCCUAUUGAGAGUGAGAUGACGCUGUUCGAGGAGGACCUCAUCCUCCGCAUGCCCGAGUUGGACCUCGACGCCACGCACCUCGUCCUCAGCGUGAGAGAGAGGACCGGGCCAGGCUGCGGGCGGCGAGUGCUGGGGUCGUGCCUGGUGGGUUUGGGCGGCUGCGUGGGCGAGGACGGGCGUCACCACUGGCUGGACAUGCUUCGCGCCGCCCCCGACAUCGUGGUCAGGACCCACCCACUGGCUGCCCACGCCUCCUACCACGACGUGCUGCCCAAGGACUUCCUCCUCGCCAUGGCUCCUCCUCCGCCCCCGCCCAAGGACCAGGUGUCUCCGGAGCACUGCCUAUGCGCCCCGAGUCAGGGCGGUCCGGGCGGCGCUGUGAGUCCCCACGCCCACCGGAGCGGCGAGAGUGACGAGACCUCGCCGCCGCUGUCCAUCCCCGUCGCCACGAGGAGGAGUACGACGCCCGCCCACGCCAACGGGGACAUAAGCCCGAAAGCCGCCCAUGAGACAGCCGCCAGCGAAACAACCGUCCACGACGACCUCUCCAGGGAAGAAGCCACGCCCUCUCCCCGCGAUUCGGUCUACGAGGACGCCCACAGCACCCUCGAUUCCCUCCAGCACAUGGAAUGCACGCCCACGCAGCCGACCGAGUCACAGCCCGGACGCCAGGACAAUAUCUAUGCCAACGACGAGCCGAUCUACGAGAACAUCGAGGACCUCCAGGCGUCGCUCGGCUGCCCGACGCCCGACCCGACGCGCGGCGAGAGGCUGUGAGAUACUUAUAUAUAUUCAUAAUUAUAU